AUGCCUCAACUCCUGUCCUUGCAGCCUCUCACCUUGGAACAGCUCCCAACCCCCACUACGGCCGAGCUUUCCACGCCGGGCGCUCGGACAGCGCUCGAUGACCUCAUCGCCCAACUCACUCGGGAAGCCAAUUCGCUCCUCUCGACCUUGACAGAUCCAAGCAAACGUGACAGUUCGCCCGACCCCUCGGUGUGGAAGUCGGGCAAGACCUUCAACCAAUCCACGAUCCCAACGCGUUCCUACUCUGCUCACGACCCCGCCGGUCUGGUCCCCGAUCAUGAAGGACGACGCUGGUUUGCAAGAAUUUCGAACCACCCGGGCGCGGAUUAUGACAAGGUGGGGGAGAAAAAGAAUCGAGCACAGUGUAUGCGAACAGAAAUCACUUGAGUCUUAUCGCGUUUCUCUAGUGGCGAAGCGGCUUGCUCCUGGAUCACUCCGAGAACGAAGUGCGCUACAUCGAAUCGUGCACCCAAGCCGAGCGACUGCACUCGAUCGUGCCCAACAAACUCGAGGUGUGGACCACACAAUGUGAGUCGCGACAUUCAGCGCUUCACGUUCGUCUCUUUUCAUCGGCGCUUCAUGUCUGUCUCCUUUAACCUGACUGAAGUCUCUUUGGCUCAAAAGACCACCUCGCCUUCCCGACCUCGAAUCGUGAUUUUACAUUCGCGAUCCUCACAUCCGAGCAGGAAGCUGGGGUAGAACCCUCCGCUGCUCGUUCGUUCACGGUCGUGUCGGUCCCUUUCCAUGCCCCCUCAAGAUCCGGGUUCGUGAGGGCAAAGUACGUCUCGGUGGAGCACGUCAUUCAGACGCAGGAUGGUGUGAAAUGGGUGUGAGCUGCUUCCGAGAUCCCAUUCGACGAGUUCCAACAGCAUCGUAAUCCUGACGAGACGACGAGACGACGAGACGUCUUUUCCUUUCUGCAGCAUGGCCACCGCAAGCGACGCAGCGGGUCUCGUUCCCAAGUUCAUUAGCGACAUGGCCAUGUAUGUUCUCUUGCGAGAGCUCAUCCGCAUCUAGCCAACGCGACGUUCUGAUCCCUGAACACUUUCGUGAAUCACCAGGCCCAGCAAGAUUGCCGAAGACGUGCCGUCGUUCCAGUCGUGGAUCCUAAAGCAGUAG